UAUCCGCUCGCCGCGCCAGCUUGCCCUGCUCCACCCGCCCUUCUUUUCUCUCCGGCCACCUCGAUCUCCUCCUCUUGCUCUCUGUCUUGUCCUCGUCGCCUCUCCGCUUGCCCUCCGCUCUCCGGCGCCUCAUUGCCCUGCCCACUGCAAGUUCAGCGGUGAUUCAGCAGAUGGUUGUUCGCCCGCACCUGCGCGGCCGUUGAUCGCGACAGCCUCGUCGUAGCGGUCGGAGGAGCAGCGCCGCCGGCGUCCAUGGCGGCGGGGUCGUCGAGGCAAGCGGCGGAGAAGGUGGACAAGUGGAUGGCGUUCCCGUCGGGCGCCGACGGCGGCGGCAGCUUCACCUUCCCACCGCCGCGUUCCUGGUCGGGAGGCGUCAAGGAGAUCGUGGAGGAGCUGGCGUCGUCCUCCCCGGGAGCCGCCGCCGGAGGCAGCAGCAGCAACCGGCAGCCGUCGUUCCAGCGCGGGCGCGACAGCGGCGUGGGCAGCACCAAGUCGUCGCUGGACGGCGCGCGCGCGUCGGGGGAGUCGUCGCUGCCGCGGGUGUCGCAGGAGCUCAAGGACGCGCUGUCCAACCUGCAGCAGACCUUCGUCGUCUCCGACGCAACGCGCCCGGACUGCCCCAUCAUCUACGCCAGCGCCGGGUUCUACACCAUGACCGGCUACUCCCCCAAGGAGGUCAUCGGCCGCAACUGCCGCUUCCUGCAGGGCCCCGACACGGACAUGAACGAGGUGGCCAAGAUCCGGGACGCCGUCAAGGCCGGACGCAGCUUCUGCGGCCGCUUGCUCAACUACCGCAAGGACGGCGCGCCCUUCUGGAACCUGCUCACCGUCACCCCAAUCCGCGACGACAACGGCAAGGUCAUCAAGUUCAUCGGGAUGCAAGUGGAGGUGAGCAAGUACACGGAGGGUCUCAGCGACAAGCGCAUGCGGCCCAACGAGCUGCCGGUCUCGCUCAUCCGCUACGACGACCGGCAGAAGGAGACGGCGAUGUCGUCGAUAACGGAGGUGGUGCAGACGGUGAAGGACCCGCGCGCCCGCUCCCAGGGCGAGGAGGAGCCCAUGGAGCCCCCGCCGCCGGUCACGCCGGCGCGGGCCGGCGCCGCGGCCACCGCGUCACCGAUGGUCGGCCCCGGCACGGCGUCCGGCGGCGCCAGCCACAAGUUGCCGCUCUGGGACCUCAAGAAGGAGGACUCGUUGAGCAGGAAGCUGAGCGGCCGCGGCUCACUCAUGGGGUUCAAGAUGGGGAAGAGGAGCUCGGUGGGAAGCAGGGAGCAGGCGCUACCGGCGGCGGAGGUGGAGGCGCCUGCGCCACCGGCGCCACCGGAGGCGGCGACGGAGAAGGAGCGCAAGAACAGCUGGGAGAAAGAGGGGAGGGAGAGGGACAUCAGGCAGGGGAUCGACCUGGCAACCACUCUGGAGCGUAUCGAGAAGAACUUCGUCAUCACCGACCCCAGGAUCCCGGACAACCCCAUCAUCUUCGCGUCGGAUAGCUUCCUGGAGCUGACGGAGUACACGCGGGAGGAGAUCCUCGGAAGGAACUGCAGAUUUCUUCAAGGGCCGGAGACCGACAUGUCCACUGUCGAUAAGAUCCGGGAGGCCAUCCGGGAGCAGAAGGAGAUCACGGUCCAGCUCAUCAACUACACCAAGAGCGGGAAGAAGUUUUGGAACUUGUUUCACCUUCAGCCGAUGUGGGACCAGAAGGGGGAGCUUCAAUACUUCAUCGGUGUUCAGCUUGAUGGAAGCGACCAUGUCGAACCCCUUACGAGUCGUCUCUCUGAGAACACCGAGCUACAAAGUGCUAAACUGGUCAAAGCUACAGCGGAGAAUGUGGAUGAAGCAGUCAGAGAGCUUCCUGAUCCCAACUUGAGACCAGAGGACCUGUGGGCAAUUCACUCUCAACCCGUUUCUCCAAAACCUCACAAACGAUACAACUCUUCUUGGAUAGCGAUAGAAAAGAUUACAAAAUCUGGGGAGAAGAUUGGCUUGAAGCACUUCAAGCCUGUAAAACCUUUGGGUUGUGGUGACACUGGAAGUGUACACCUGGUGGAGUUGCAAGGCAGUGGGGAAUUAUUUGCAAUGAAGGCAAUGGACAAAUCAGUGAUGUUGAAUCGCAACAAGGUUCAUCGAGCUUGUAUCGAAAGAGAAAUAUACUCACUGUUAGAUCAUCCGUUUCUACCAACACUAUAUACUUCAUUCCAGACACCAACACAUGUUUGUCUCAUAACAGACUUCUGUCCUGGAGGAGAAUUAUUUGCACUGCUUGAUAGGCAACCCAUGAAUCUUUUCAGAGAAGACUCUGCAAGGUUUUACGCUGCGGAGGUUGUAAUUGGUCUGGAGUAUCUCCAUUGCCUUGGAAUUAUAUACCGUGAUCUAAAACCAGAAAAUAUUUUGCUCCAAGAGGACGGACACAUUGUUCUGACUGAUUUUGACCUCUCAUUUUUGACUUCUUCAAAACCCCAUGUGAUAAAGCAUUCAACAUCAAGACGGAGAAGAUCUAAAGAAUUUCUCCCCCCAAGUUUUGUUUCAGACCCUGCCACUCCAUCAAAUUCUUUUGUUGGAACUGAAGAGUACAUAGCUCCAGAGGUCAUCACGGGUGCACCACAUACAAGUGCCAUUGAUUGGUGGGCUCUUGGGAUUCUCUUGUAUGAGAUGUUGUAUGGGCGGACACCUUUUCGAGGAAAGAACAGGAAAAAGACAUUUUAUAACAUCCUGCACAAAGACCUUACAUUUCCUAGUAGCAUUCCGGUUAGUCUUGCGGCGAAGCAAUUAAUCCAUGGAUUGCUUCAGAGAGAUCCCUCUUCUCGACUUGGCUCAAGUGCUGGUGCAAACGAUAUCAAGCAACAUCCCUUUUUUGAAGAUAUAUACUGGCCGCUCAUUCGUUGCAUGGAGCCCCCAGAGCUUGAUGUUCCGCUGAAAUUAAUUCGGAAGGAAUCUGAAGUUAAAGUGAAGGCCGAGGAAGAUUCUCUCACUCUGCCGUAUUGAGACAUUUUAAGGAGGCUGUACAAACCGCUCGUGGGAGGAACAUUCUUGAGCAUGUAUAGUAAUAAGAGGCUUCAUGAGCUGAUAGAAGGAAUUGUAUAUCAUCUUCUGAGUUGCAUUAGAGAUCUUGUACAUGAGUGAUUCUUUGGGUUAGAUUAAAGUUCAUAAUAUAUUACAUAAAUAGUAUCACGUCCUUGUAAAAGUCAUCACCCUUUCUACAGAUGGUUCAAUAAAAUGUAGCAUGUAGUGUUGAUGUUAUACAUUAGUACCACCAUUUGAGAUGGAAUUUUCAUUUACCA